GAGAAUCAUUUCAACCCCAUAAGAAGCACCACACAACAUAACUAAAACACACACUCUCUCUCUCUUUCUUUUUCUCUGAUGCAUUCCUUCAAAAACACAACCUUUUAACUGUUUUUUUUUCCUUUUCCUUAUUUUCUUCGCGGAAUCCUAGAAUGUCAUCGCCGGGGUUCACUGGAGGAGGUGGGGCGUCGGAGUAUUUCGCCGGAGCGGGUGGAUUCACCGGCAGAUCCAUUCCGGCGGCCACCAUGAACAACCCGAACGGCGUCGCGACUGCCACCGCAAACCUCCACCCUCUCUACCGAACCCAACAACAGAACCUCCCCGCAAUGUUUCUAGAUCCUGCCUCGCAGAUCGCUCAACGCCAAACACCAACCCUUAUGGGUAAACGCACCCUCACCGAAUUCCAAACCUAUAACCAAACCUAUAACCAAGCCUAUAACCAACCCAACAACAACCCCAACCACGUCCUCUCCAACCUCUUGCUUCGUUCCGUUAAGCCUCGAACCAGUUUCUCUCAGGUUUCCAUGGAUAACUUUCCCGAAUUGCAUAACCAAAACCCUUCUCUUUACCAACAGCAGCGUUUUGGUGUUCCUUUACUCCAUCAGCUCCGUCCCCAGCCCAUUAACCUUCCCAGCAAUGGGUCUGGGCCCAUGCCAAGCCCAAAUUUCGGCUAUCGGAACUCUGAUUUGGGCAUGCCACAGAACCGGGUUCGACUUUCUGGUCCUCUUCCGGUUCCCGUUCAGGUGGCUGAGCCGGAGAAGAAGAUCAUGGAUCACCGGCUUCUGGAAUUGGAGAAACAACUUCUGGAAGAUAACGAUGAAGGAGAAGCCGAUGCUGCGUCCGUGAUAACCUCCAGCGAGUGGUCUGAAACGUAUCAGAAUUUAAUCAGUCCCGGUCCGGUUCAGAAACUGGCUUCCACAUCACCGACUUCAUCAACCACGUCGUCUACUUCAUCUUCUUCCUCCAUCGCUUCACCUGCUUCCGGAUGCUCAAAGCAGACUCUCAUGGAAGCCGCAUCUGCAAUUGUUGAAGGAAAAUAUGACAUGGUUACUGAGAUCCUGAACCGGUUGAACGGUCCGAACCGGACUGACAAAUUAACCGAUUGCAUGGUGUUGGCGUUGAAGUCCAGGAUGAAUCCGGUGGAAUAUCCGCCUCCAGUGAAGGAGCUUUUCGGCUAUGAACACGCUGAGUCCACUCAGUUGAUUUUGGAAAACUCCAUGUGCUUUAAGGUAGGGUUAAUGGCUGCGAAUCUGGCGAUUUUGGAAGCUGCAUUUGAGGAGAAAACCGAAAACAAAUUCUGCGUGGUGGAUUUUGAGAUUGGACAGGGAAAGCAGUAUCCGCACCUCAUCAACGCGCUCUCAGCACGUGUACAAAACGUCACGCUCAAAAUAGUGGCUGUGGCCGAGAGCGGCAGCGAAGACAGAGUACACAUCGUCGGAGACAUGCUGAGUCGUCUAGCAGAAAGGAAGAGGAUCGGGUUCGAGUUCAGACUUGUAUCAACUCAGAAACUCACCGAGUUGACUCGCGAGUCGCUGGGAUGCAAUGAGGACGAAGUUCUCAUGGUGAACUUUGCUUUCAAGCUUAACAAAAUCCCUGAUGAGAGCGUCUCUACAGAAAAUCCUCGUGACGAGCUUCUCCGGCGCGUGAAGGGACUCGCACCGCGCGUGGUGACAAUAGUGGAGCAGGAGAUGAACGCAAACACAGCACCUUUUUUGGCUCGCGUGGCAGAAACGCUGUCGUUUUAUGGUGCCUUAUUGGAGUCCAUGACAUCUAGGGAUAACAAUAACACCAUCAACAGCUCUGACCGAGUCAGACUCGAAGAAGGACUGACCCGCAAGCUACACAACUCAGUAGCAUGCGAAGGCAGAGAUCGCAUAGAGCGUUGUGAAGUGUUUGGAAAAUGGCGAGCGCGCAUGAGCAUGGCAGGGUUCGAGUUAAAGCCACUGAGUCAAAACAUGGCCGAGUCAAUAAAAUCCCGACUCACUGCCACCAACAACAACAACCGAGUCAACUCGGGACUGACAGUGAAGGAAGAGAACGGUGGUAUUUUCUCAGGCUGGAUGGGAAGAACACUGACGGUAGCAUCUGCUUGGCGUUAACAUGGCUCACUUUUUUUCCUUUUUUUCUUCUUUAAUAUUUAGUUUGGAAUAUUAUUAUGAUUAUAUCACAUAUGAUAUAUAAAUAUCACAUUGUUACUAUAUUUUAACUAUGUUUAGAGAUAAUGGAAAGGCAAAGAGUAUAGAAUUGGAAAAUUAUAUGAUAAUAGGGUGAAAAGAAAAUCUGAAAGGAAAGUCCCUAACCUAUUACCCUUUACCCUUCUUCUCUUGGUUUUACCAAAACUACUAAUAAAGAAGUGUUUGGAUUCCGAGAA